AUGAUAUUCUUCUCUUCUUCGCGUGCGUAUUCUCUGUUACCUUAUGUAGCUCUGCAGAAUAUGAACACUCCAUCCGGGUACCGUGCUUUUGCAGCUGCUGGAAUGAUGCUACAAACUGGUACACAAGAGGACCAGUUUACAUGUCUCGCUGUUUUAACGAGUGAACGAAUGGCUCGUGAGAUAGGCAUGCGUUUCGAGGGCGAUCUGAUCAUGUACAGCCUUGAGGAUUAUGAGUUUCAAUGGUCGUACGGAACUCAGGCUACUGCUUCGAAUAUAGUGGACUGGGUUCGACAUAAGCAGGCUGAAGUUUCUCCAAUCAAAUGGCUUCAUUUCAACAAAAAUACGGAGCUUAUGACGGAACAGUUUGCUCGGAUACUGAAUAAGUCGUCUAUGUUGCUAUUAGUCACCUUCUUAACUCCUGUUUAUAGUGGUCAAAGUGACAUAUCACUUUUCACAGAGUUGGCAAGAGAGUACUGGAACUGUAAAGAGGACGAUCUCUUAUCAAUACAAGAACCUAAAAAGCGUUUUGUCACCCAGAAGUACAUUUCCCACGAAGUCGGCAACGAUAGGCUGGCAUGUACAGAAGUGACAGAAGAUAUUAUAAAGGUAUUCUUUUCGCACUUUUUCUCUUUUUUUGUUGUCACAAAAUAG